ACAAAGUUGGCCCUGGAUAAUCUUCAGCAGUCUUAUGUGCUGCCCUAAAUAUGAGGCGGAACCAAGGGGGCAGUUUGGAAAAUAGAGGCACAUGGUCUCCCCAGAAGGGUAGAGGAAUGCAGAUCUUUUGACCACUCAAGCACUUCGGCCUCUGCUCAGCAGCUACAUCUACCCAGCUCUCAAUUGGAGCCUCAAGCGGACUUUAAAAAUUGCUACACAAGAUCCCAAAGAAUCGGGUCACAGGGAUCUCCUCAGAGCUGACAGUUUCUGGGCCAGGGAGAAGCAGCAAAGGGGCUCGGCUUUGAAGACGAGCUCCUGCAAGGCCCGGGGCAGAAGUGCCUCGGGUGGCCACAGCUUUCCUUCCCGCCCGAUCAGGCUAGUCCCUCGGGGUUGCUUUGGCUUGACGGUUCCGGCUGAUUCGGAAGCCACCGAUCAAAAGGGAGGCUGCGGCGGCCGCCGUGAAAAGCCCCGCAGAUAUUCUUGCUCCGGGUCACCUGCAGCCGAAGCUGCCGCUGUGCCAGCCAGCCAUUGCGGCAAAAGAGCGCUGGCAUCGAGCCGCGGGCUCCAGCCUCAUUUGGAGCUGACCUUUCUCCCCGUGGGCUCCGCUGAAGCCGCCGGGUGCCCCUCCGAGCUGCUAGCGGAUCAACUGACUUUGGGCAAUUCUUUCUACAGGCUCAAGACUGAACAGACUUCCUUCUUGAUUGCAGAACAUACCGUGUUGGAUUCUUCUGAUGACCUGGAGACUCUGGCACAUAUUUAUCCUCAGUGUCCACCAAGAUUCGUGAAAGAAGGUGGCUGCAGGCUUGCCAUGCAUAAAAGGACUUGUGUUCUAGCACUCUGGCUCUGCCUUGGGUUCAACCACAUUGGAAACUCCUCUGCUCAUCUUCACCAUCACACUGAGCUAUAGCCACAUCUUUGGGUGUCUCAGGCUCUCCCUUCCCGAGAUGGACUCCUGCCUGAUCCAGGUGAACAGCAACACCGCCCUGUCCUCCAUCCUAGAUGUCCACGUCAACCUCAAUGGGAAAAGCCCUUCUUUGUCCAAGGGAAAAGGCCGCAAGCCCCACUGGGCAGUCAGGGCUUCAGAAAUGUCUAGAAGGACUUUCAAUCCCAUUCGAGCCAUUGUGGAUGCCAUGAAAGUGGAGCCCAACCCCAGGAAAGCUCUGAUAUCUUUGUCCAUAGGAGAUCCAACUGUCUUUGGAAACCUUCCUACAGAUGAUGAAGUGACGCGGGCCAUGAAAGAAGCACUGGACUCUGGAAAAUACAAUGGCUAUGCCCCAUCUGUGGGUUACCUGUCCUGUCGAGAGGUGGUUGCAAGCUACUACGAUUGUCCAGAAGCACCUCUCAAAGCCCAGGAUGUAAUCCUGACCAGUGGCUGCAGUCAGGCCAUUGAAUUAGCUUUAGCAGUCCUGGCUAACCCUGGACAGAACAUCCUGGUGCCACGCCCUGGCUUCUCCCUCUACAAAACCUUGGCUCACUCUAUGGGAAUCGAAGUCAAGUUCUACAAUCUCUUGCCAGAAAAGUCCUGGGAAAUUGACCUGAAGCAAAUGGAAUCCCUGGUGGACAACAGGACAGCUUGUCUGAUUGUGAACAACCCAUCCAAUCCCUGUGGCUCUGUUUUCAGCAGAAGUCACCUUCAGAAGAUUCUGGCAGUGGCCUCUAGGCAGUGUGUCCCUAUUUUGGCUGAUGAGAUCUAUGCAGAAAUGGUGUUUGAAGACUGCAAAUAUGAGUCCCUUGCAAAGCUUAGCACUAAUGUCCCGAUCCUGUCCUGUGGAGGCCUUGCCAAGAGAUGGUUGGUGCCUGGUUGGAGAAUGGGAUGGAUUCUGAUCCACGACCGCCGGGACAUCUUUGGAGGGGAGAUCAGGGAAGGCCUUCUGAGGCUGAGCCAAAGGAUUUUGGGGCCCUGCACAGCCGUCCAGGGAGCCCUUGGGCAUAUCUUCCACCACACCUCCCCUGAAUUCUAUCACAACACUCUAAGCUUCCUCAAGUCCAAUGCUGCCCUGUGCUAUGCUGCCCUCUCCAUGGUCUGCGGGCUGAAACCGGUCCGGCCCCAGGGAGCCAUGUACCUGAUGGUGGGGAUCGAGAUGGAGCAUUUCCCAGACUUUGAGAAUGAUGUGGAGUUCACAGAGAGGCUCAUUGCAGAGCAGUCAGUCUUCUGUCUACCUGCCACGUGUUUUGAGUACCCCAAUUUCUUCCGCGUGGUGAUCACCGUGCCUGAGGAGAUGAUGAUGGAGGCUUGCCAGCGUAUCCGCUACUUCUGUGAGAAGCACUAUCAAGGGGGAGAGGCGACCCAGGAUCUGGAAUGUGACAAGUAGGCCUGAGCACGUGCACCUGACCUUCUACUCCACCUGUUCUGAGUUUGCUCCCUGAGCAGCCUGACUCGGCACCACCAUUCUUGUUCUGGACUCUGAACUGCUAGAAGUAGGCUGUCAGUGACACUCCUUCCUGCCUAGCGGGCUCAAGGAACUUCUGCAGCAGCCCUGGGCAUCCUUGACAGCUUUCAAUCACCAGCUGAAUAAUUUCUAGAGCCUACGGGAAGCUGCGAGAAGGAAUCUGCCUGCCAGCCCCAAGCCAGAACAGAAAAUACCCAACCCUUCCACAGAAAGAAAGAAAGCCCGUCUCUCCCCCACCCCAAAGUACACCUGAAAUCUGUUUUCUUGUACACAGAUUUGAAGUUUAUAAGUUAUUGUAUUUUUUGUAUGAAUAAAUGCAUGGUAAAUGCC